CUUGGCUCGCAGGACACCAACAACAAACACUUAAAGGCUUUCGAACUUGCUCACGAGCCUAUCGAGCUGAACAUAAAAUGGCUCGAGCUUCGCUCGUUUACAGACGAGCUUGUUCGCGAGCCAUCUCAAUUAAAUACAAGUUGAGUGUUUGAACAAAUUUUUCUCAAGUUGGACGCCGAACCGUUCGUGAGCGAUUUGAUUCAUUAACAACCCUAUUCCUAGGCGGCUUUUUGUGGUCCGAUUGUGUUAUAGUAGGAAUUCACAAACCAUAUGCCAAACCCUACUCCAAGGCGGGCUAUUUCUUCAUUGUAGAUUGGGCCACCUUUCUUUGUUCAUGGACUAUUUGAAACAGAAAAAAAGCCGGCCCAACAUUUCCUCUAGCCCAGCCUUCAUUUAGCUAGGGGGGAGAGGCGAAGAAAGAAAACCAAAAACAUGGAGACAAACAAUGGAGUUUCGAAAAGAAGAGAGUUCCCGCCCGAUUUUCGAACACUCCAGAGAAUGGCUGCGAACGAGCCGACGGCGAACCGACCGUCGAGCGAGGAACAACUGAAGCUCGCCGUAGCGAUCUCUCUUCUCCAGUCGAAGCUCCUUCAUAAAAGACCUCCUCCGCCGCAGCCGGAUGCUUCUUCUGGAUCUGACGCCCUUCGCUGGAAGCGUAAGGCGAAGGAUCGGAAGCAGGAGAUUGUUCGAUUGAGAGAGGAUCUCAAGGAAGCAGAAGACGCUUCUUCUCAGUGCGAUCUGUUUCCCCAAACCGCCGUUUGCAAGUGCUACUUCUUUGACGAUGUGGGAAAACUACGCUUCGAGGGCGCCGGAGACGGAUCCGUUUCUAGAUUCGACGAUGUAAUCCGUCGCCGGUUCUUCAGACAAGUGAGGAUGAAGCAAAGGCGGCGAAAUAGAGACGAUCCGAGUCUGAGAUUGCGCUUUCCAGAGUUGAGCAGUGAAAAUGAAGUGGAUCAGCUUAGGGCUUCCGUUGAUUUCCUUGUUGAGCUCUGCGAUGGCACUGCUUCUCCUAUGGAGGAGGCCAAUUUCGCCAACUGGUCUCACCAGGCUGUUGACUCCAUUCUAGAGUCGCUUAGGAAGAUAUUACCAGUGGGGGAGAACAUGGAAGUUGUUGAAGGGAUUGUUACUAGCCUAAUAGUUCGUUUGCUGAGAAGGAUCUGUUGCCCUGCACAUCGAGAUGACUCCAAUUGCGUAGCCAUUGAUCACCGGCCUCGAGUCCAGCACUUGCUGCGAAAGCUGGGAGGUGAACCCUUCAUCGGACAGCGCACACUUCUUUCAGUUUGUGAAAGGAUAUCCACAACAGCUGGGAACUUGCUCUGCAUGGAUCCAUUCGACGAUACAUUCCCAAACAUUCACCAGUCUCUAUUCAUUAUGAUCCAGCUGGUUGAGUUUCUGAUAUCGGAUCACUUGCAAGCCUGGUCAAGCAUUGAAGGAUUUGAUCAUGGGCUAAUGGAAGGAUGGGUGACAUCCUUUCUCCAUGCCAGGAAAGCACUGCAGCUUCUCGAGUGCAGACAUGGGCUUUAUGUUCUCUACAUGGAUCGAGUCGCCAACGAACUGGCGAAGCAAGUGUGUCGAGUUUCGUCGUUCCAGAAGCUCAACCAGCAGCUCCUCCACGAUCUGUUCAACUAGCCUGGAAAGCUGCUGCUGCUCUGCCAUCCACAUGUAAAAAGUGUAAAGACAGGAAUAUCAAUUAUUAUUGUUUACGUAAUGACAUGGAAUCAGAUUCGUUGUCUCUCAUUUGCUUGCACGUAAAUAAUAAAUUAAUCAGGAACCAUGAAAAAAAGGUUGCCAGUUAUUUAGUUCAGAUUCCUUUAUUUACACAGUUGAAGUGAAAUGAAACCAACCACUGACGAUGCAUAUAUGGGCAUUAAGGAUUCGCCUUUAUUACACAGUUGAAUUAUACCCACAACCGAAAGCUGGCCAAAGGAGGAGGCAGCCAAUUUGGAAAUUAGAAUUUGAUGAUUUCGUGAUACUUUAUCGUAUCGAUCACGAAAACUCGUUUAUCGUAAUCUAAAUUUGUACGAACGAGGCAAAGAAUUUGAACACUUGUUGAUCUCAUGAUUAUGUGAUACUUCGAUCGGUACGAUGCACACAAAAAUAUAAGAAAAAUAGGUAUCUGCUAUUAUGAAGAUGGUACAUUAUUGUUUGAAUAUAUAAUCUUAUUUUAUUAGAAUUAUUUUAAUAGUGAUAUUCUAUAUGUAUAUUACCUAUUAAACCACUUGUUAGAACGGAUUGGGAAAUCAACACGGUAAGAAAGUAAAGAAACACACAGAUUUACGUGAUUCACUAACACAACGUGUGUUAGCUAGUCCACAGACAGGAGAGAGAGCCUGUUUUACUAUACUUGAGGAGAUACAUAUUACAAAGCGAUUGAGAAUUAUAUAUAGUACUUCUCCAGACGACCUAACCUCUAAUCCAAUAUAAUAAAGAAAAUGUUACAAACCAGACCCAAAACAAAAAAGUAAACGUGUACAAGGCUAUAAGCUCUUACUUCCAGUCAACGACAUAUAAUCUGAUUCAACUCCUAUCAUCAACACCACUAUUGUUCCACUAAAAUACCAUCCACCAACCUAUGAUACAAUCUCCAAUAUGAUUUCACACAACUAUUCUUUUCUAACAUGGAUUAAUUUUGGACCACAUGUAAAUGUGUGUUGGCGAUGACAAGAUACGUCGCUAACCCGGCCACUUAACCUUUGUUAACUUUCGGUUUCUUUGUCUUUCAACGGUGGAUUAGUAUACUUAAUUGUCAAAUCCAAAUCAGAAUCUUAAGAUUGCUUGUUAAUUAACCCUUUUAUUAUCA